UCCAUUACUGGCCUAAGGCCGCAUGCCCUUUGUGGCAGCGUGCUGGACGACUCGCAAACCCUCUUUGUCAGCAGCCUCUUUAAAAACCACUACGCCUGUACGCCUAACCCGUCUCUGAAAAUGGCGGCACAUGCCCCAUACAUUAUGCCCGAUGGGCGCUCGCUGCAAACUUACCUGCACCAGGAGCGCGAACGCGAGCAGCUGCGCCGGCGCAAGGCGGAGCUGCGUGGAAAGGACCUACAGUUUGCUCAGCUGUUGCGGCAACGCGGCGCGGCGAGCUCAGAGCUGGAGCUGGCGGAGCUCAAGGCCAUGGAGUCGGCAGGCGUGCGGCGGCGCCGCCGCUGGAUUAAUGACAAGACGCUGCGUGACCUGGCUGGGCCACUGUCGGCCGCCGACAUGGAGGCGCAGUUCAAACCCGCGCCCUUUGGCAACCCCGCCGCGCCCAGCGCGCUCUCGCAGGCGAUGGCGCCGGCCAACGCGGCGCUGUGGGAGAACUUCCGCAACAUUGACCCGGAGAAGGAGGCGCGCGUGCUGCAGAAGUGGGCAGCGCACCAGCGCGAGUCGGCGCCGCUGCGGCAGCGGCCCCACAGCCAGGCCAGCCUGGCGCUGCACCGCUGGGCGGCGGUGGGCAAGAAGGCGCGCGCCGCCCUCAAGCGCGCCAACGCGGCCUCCGUCAUGGCGCUGGAGCUGCAGAUACUGGACUUCUUCGAGACGGCGGGCCCAGGCGAGCAGCUGGUGCUGCCGCUGGAGGACGGCUUCGCGCGGCUGCUGGUGCACGGCCUGGCCGAGUUCUACGGCCUGCUGUCCGUCUCGCGACCCGACCCCAGCACCAACACUAACAACAGCACCGGUGCUAGUGCCAGCGGCGGCGCUGGCGGUAACACCUGCGUGGCAGUGUACCGUCGCUCGCGGCCGGCGGCAGGCGAGUCGGAACUGGGCGGCGGCUCAGGGCCAGGGCUGGACAUCUCGCUGCCGCUGGGCCGCGCGGCCGCGCAGCCGGUGGGGGCGGGAGUUGGCCCCAGCCCCGGGCGGAGGGCGGCCGGCGGCACCGCGUCUACAGGGCCGAGCCCGGCGCGUGGCGCGCUGGCGGGCGCAAGCCCAGUGCGGGGCAGCGGCGCGGCGGCGGCGGCGGUCCCGGCGGGCUCGCCUGCGGUGGGUGCCGCAGCCUCGCCUGCGCCUACCGCUUUGGGCACGCCGGCGGUCGCAGGUGCGCAGCAGGCGGGAGGCGCGGCGCAGGGGCUCAGCCCCAGCCCUAGCCCCAGCCCGGGCCGGCGGCUGCCGGGUGCGGGCGGCGUGAGUGGCUCCAGUCCGCCACCGGGUGCGCGCGGUGCGGGGAGGUCCACGUCCACUGGGCCCGGUGCCGGCGGCGGCGGCGGUGGAGCCUCGGAGUCACCGGCGGCGGCAGCGGCUGGUGCGGUGGUUGACCACGAGAUCACGUGCGCCGAUGUGCUGAUGGCGAUGGCGGAGGUGGGACAGAUGGGGCUGAAUGAGGAGACGCUGCGGAGAUACGUGGCCACACACAUUCACGGCACGUUGGCGGCGGAGGGGCGGCAGGAGCAGCAGCAGCAGCGGCCGCGCUCGCAGUCGCAACAGCGACGUUCGCAGCCGCGGGGCCGGGUGGAGUCCUGAGGGCAGGGGCUGUGGGCGUGUAGGGGCGUGUAGGGGCGUCAUGGCGCGGGUUGCGGAAGUGUGAGCAGGCGUGCGAUAUGGCGCUGUGUGACGUGCUGUGAGGUGUGCCUGUGUGGAUGCGUGCGCGGGAGACGCGUGGCGGCUGCUGCUCCGAUUUGGCUGCCUAGUCAGCAACUGUUGAGGGUGUUGUAACAAACGCGGCUC